AUGAUGAUGAUGCGCCGUGUGAUGUGUGUGUUGGCCGUUCUGCUGUGCUGCACCUGCGGGUAUACCAUGACGGCUGCUGCUACUAUUGCUACUGCUACUACUCCUGGACGGCCAAAGGCGGAGAUAGCUGAUAACUUACCAAUAUUGGUAGAUGUGGAUGGUACGGGUGAACCGAAUCCUGAUGAUAGUUUUCUUCCUAUUGGACCUUUAGAAGGGUCGAGAGAUGAUAUCAGAGACGAGAUCUCCCGUAGAGAAAAAGAAAUUGCAACUCUAGUGAAGAGCGUCGAAGACCUAUCUGAAGGGUUGGAAAACGUGAAAUUUGUUGAGAAUCAAACGGCUCUGAUAAACCAAACAGUUGGUGAAGGGAAUAGAGAACACGCUUCUGCACCUACAGAUAUUUUGCCCUCAGACGCUAAUAGUGCAGUGAGUGCGUCAUCAUCUGUUGCCGCAAGCUCAUCAAGUACAGAAACACACUCUCCAGGAACACCAUCAACCAACACGACACCCUUAAACUCAUCUGAAGUUGUUGAUUCCAAUCAAGCUAACUCGCAAGUACUCUCUGAAACUACCACAGAAGGCAGUGAUGUCAAGGAGCCUAAUACAGCACAAGAAUCACCCGCAGAGUCGGGUGACCUCACAACCAAAGGUUUACAUGGAAAUGACAAUGCUGGCUCUGCAGCCACCACCGUGAAGAAUAAGGCUAAUGUUGACAGCAGUGUCAGUCCUGUGUGGAUGCGCACUGCAGCACCGCUACUGAUGGUGGCUGUGUUGUUCUCCGCUACCGUGUACUGA